UUUCAACCAUAUCUGAGAAAUUAAAUUAUCCUUCAAACAUAAGUCAUUUUCUUUUAAUUUCAUUUUCUUUUUUUCUUUUUUAUUUUUUAAAAAAUAGAAAACAGACACACUCUCACUCUUGCCGUCGCCGGAUUUUCCUUCGGCGAUCUCUCCGGCGAAGGUAAAUUUGAGUAGAAGGAAGCUUUGGAGUGUGUGUGGUUUUGCAUGGCUGGAGCUUGAUCUUUAUCAAUGGCUUCUAUGAGAAAAACGGCGUCGUAAGGAUACAGUUGGUUCCUGAGGUAUAACAAUUCGAGCUUUUGAGUGUCAAUCACACUCCUGUGUAGAAGGGAAGCGAGUUAAGUGUGAGUUGGUGUGCUCGACUCAGUGCGUUUGUGAAAUCGGAUAGCAGCGAAAAUGUCUUUCCAGCAAAAAAGCUUUUGGAUGUCAAGAGAUGCAGGGUGUCUAACUGAUGGAGAGAUGGGUUAUGAUAGUUCCUCGAGAAUUCAACCAAAGCGUGGACAUCAGUGGUUUAUGGAUACCACUGAUCCAGAAUCAUUCAACAAAAAAAAGCAGGCAAUUGAAGCUGUUGGUAAAGUUUUGGCAACUUCUCACAUGAACAUUUCUCCAUGGCAUAAUGCUUCCAGUUUUCAGUCAGUUUCAGGGCAAUUCAGCGACCGCCCAUUUGGGUCUGAGGCUGUUCAGACCAGUAAUAUGGUUGAUCAAAAUUUUCCUUCUUCUGGUGGUGGAAAUAUGAACAUAAAUAUGGGAAGAAAGGAAUUCAAUGAUCAGUAUGUUUGCAAUUCCUCUAUGGGUUUGUCUAUGUCUCAUACCAUUGAGGAUCCUUUGGGAUGUAUCAGUUUUGGUGGACUCAGAAAAGUUAAAAUCAAUCGAGUUGGGGACUCCAGCAAUGCCAUUUCUGCGUCGGUGGCGCACUCCUAUAGUCAAGGAGAUAGCAAUGCAAUUUCAAUAGGUACUACCUAUAGUAAAAAUGGAAGCAAUGCCAUAUCUUUGGGUCCAACUGAUAAUAAUACCAUCUCAAUUGGCCCCAGCUUCAGUAAGGCAGAUAGCAAUUUCAUUACAAUGGGCCACACCUUCAACAAGGGGGAUGGAGAUUUCAUAUCUAUGGGACAUAACUAUGAUAAGGGAGAUGAUAGUAUCUUAUCAAUGGGUCAGCCCUUUGACAAGGGGGAUGCCAGCUUUAUAACAAUGGGUCUGUCAUAUGAAAAGGAUGAUAGCAAUGUCAUCUCAAUGGUUCAUUCCUUUAGCAAGGGACAUGAAAAUUUCAUUACAAUGGGCCCCACCUAUGAUAAAGCAAAUGAGAAUUUUAUUUCUAUGGGUCCCUCCUAUGGCAAGGGAAAUGAAAGUAUCAUAUCCAUUGGUGCCAGUUAUGACAAGCCAGAUUCCAACAUGACUUCCAUAUGCUCUGUGCAGGAUAAAGGAGAUUUCAAUAUUCUAUCCAUGGGUCACAACUAUAACAAAGGUGAGAGUAAUACCAUAUCUUUUGGAGGCUUUCAUGAUGAACCAGAGGCAAAUGCCUCUGGCACUACCAUUGGUGGAUAUGAUGUGUUAAUGGGCAAUCAGAACUCAGCUCAAACUUCAGGAGCAGCUGGUGCAAAAGAUUUUGUUCAGUCAAAUUUGGAUCCAACUGUAAAUAAUGCCCCAAAAGCUAAUACGACAGCCCCCAAGAAUAAAGACGCCAAGACAUCUAAGAAGGCUCCUCCAAACAACUUUCCUUCAAAUGUGAAAAGUUUGUUGUCUACUGGCAUGCUUGAUGGGGUUCCUGUGAAAUAUGUUUCAUGGUCAAGGGAGAAAAGUCUUAAAGGAAUUAUAAAAGGGACUGGGUAUUUAUGUGGCUGCCAGCAGUGCAACUUCUCUAAGACUCUGAACGCUUAUGAGUUUGAGCGUCAUGCUAACUGUAAGACUAAGCACCCCAACAAUCAUAUCUACUUUGAGAAUGGGAAGACCAUUUAUGCAGUUGUUCAGGAGCUGAAGAACACUCCUCAGGAGAUGCUUUUUGAUGUAAUCCAAAAUGUGACUGGUUCUUCUAUUAAUCAGAAGAAUUUCCGCAGCUGGAAAGCAUCUUAUCAAGCUGCCACCCGUGAACUUCAGCGUAUCUAUGGGAAGGAUGAAGUUGUCAUGCCAUCUUGAGAUGAAGAUCAUAGUUCUUGAAUAUGGGAGGCUGUAUGUUUGUUCUGUACAUAGCAGCAUAUAUAUUUGGUAAACUAUCAACUUGCUUUUGGAUUUUAAGAAUUUUGUGGAGACAGUGCUUAUUUAGUUUUUUUUUUUUUUUUAAUCUUUUUUAGUAAAAAAUAAUAAAAUCCAAGUUUUAAGUUCAGACAA